AAAUCAGCCGGUUCGGGGUUUAGCCGCCGAGCCCUAUCCGAUCGUUUUACCAUCUCCAGUCCAAUAGCUUUCUCACUCUUGAAGCUCGACGAAGAUGUCUUGCUUGGUCUCAUCAACUUGCUCACUCGUCCCCAUCGACUCGAAUCUAACUCGGUCAAAUCGUUCCUGUAAACUGGGCUCUGCAAUUUCAUGGCAAUCUUCAUUUCCCAAACUCUCCAUCGAAAUCGGCUCUGUUAUCUCAUCUCCCAUUGUCAAAAAGGAUUCUUUUGUGCAAGCUGCGUGGACUCGAAGAUCACGUGGUGAAGCAGCGAAAAGACCCAACAGGAAGUCAUGGAAACAGAGAACAGACAUGUACAUGAGGCCUUUCCUUUUGAAUGUUUUCUUCUCCAGGAAGUUCAUACACGCCAAAGUGAUGCAUAGGCCAACAAGCAAAGUCAUUUCGGUUGCCACCACAAAUGCAAGAGAUAUAAGGACUAAUAUACCGUCUCUUGUGGAUAACGAAGCGUGUAGACUCAUUGGUAAGCUCAUAGCUGAGCGUUCAAUGGAAGCAGACGUCUAUGCUGUGUCUUAUGAGCCAAGAAAGGGAGAAAGAAUUGAAGGGAAGCUAGGGAUUGUAAUCGAUACGAUUAAGGAACACGGCAUUAUUUUUGUUCCUUGAUUCACUCUUAGAAUACAUGACUUAGCAUUUG